GUAGUAGUGAAAACAAGAUCGAUACUCAUAUGGAAAUAACGGCAGACCCAUGGGAAGAGAUCCUCCUUUCUGGCAUGCAGGAGGAUGUUGAUGUUGAUAUGGAUGCGGAUCAUUCCUCAGAGUGGUUCAGUCCAUUGGUCAGGCAGGACGACGAUGAUAUCCAGUUGAUGGAUAGUGGGAUGGAUUGGGACAAUGCCCCCGACAUCGUAUAGAACUGGAGUUUUCGAAUAACUCUAUAGGACGAUUUGUCUAUCAUCUUGAGAUUUUUAUACGGAUUCAGCUGUUUGUAUAUUUCAUCAGAGGCGAUGCAGACAGACUACGCAGUUUAAACUGUUUGGGCUCGACAUUAUUCUACCAGUCGCAUUGCGACUAUUCACUCA